GACGGGUAAGAGGCGCUAUUGGACAAUUACAUCCCUCCAUUUCCCCGCGGCAGAGGCGCAUUGUUGGUCGGAAAUGGGAAAACCCUGAGCCGUGAGGUUGUCGCUGCUGGCUUCACUGGAGUAUAGAGAGUUACACGACGGCAGAUAGAGGGAAGAACAAGCAACCCUGGAGUUUUAUGCGGAGGAGACGUUAGUUCUUGGAGUUUUUCGCUAUGAGCUGGGGAACGGAUCUUUGGGACCAGUUCGAGAAUCUCGACAAACACACGCAGUGGGGCAUCGACUUCCUAGAGCGCUAUGCAAAGUUCGUCAAGGAGCGUCUGGAGAUCGAGCAGGUCUAUGCAAAGCAGCUACGGAGUCUGGUUAAAAAAUAUUGCCCCAAACGCUCCAAAGAUGAUGAGCCCAGGUUCACAUCCUGUAUGUCAUUCUACUCCAUACUGAACGAGUUGAAUGACUACGCAGGUCAGCGAGAGGUCGUUGCCGAGGAGAUGGGGCACAAAGUGUAUGGGGAGCUGAUGAGGUACUCACAGGACCUGAAGGCAGAGAGGAAACAUCAUCUGCAGGAGGGACGAAAGGCCCAGCAGUAUCUAGACCAGUGCUGGAAACACAUGGACAAUAGUAAAAAGAAGUUUGAACGGGAAUGCAAAGAGGCAGAAAAAUCACAGAUGAUGUACGAGAGGCUAGACAAUGACAUCAACGCCACAAAGUCAGAGGUGGAAAAGGCAAAGUCCCAGCUGUAUCUGAGACAACACAUGGCAGAGGAGAGCAAGAACGAGUAUGCAGCCCAGUUGCAGAACUUUAAUGCUGAACAGUGGAAACAUUUCAACGUGGCCAUUCCUCAAAUAUUCAAGAAUCUGCAGGACAUGGAUGAACGGCGGACGGUCAAGCUUGGGGAGACGUACCGGAGUUUUGCCGAGGUGGAACGAAGAGUCAUUCCCAUUAUCUCAAAAUGCCUGGAGGGCAUGGUGACCGCUGCUAAAAAUGUGGAUGAGCGUAGGGAUUCUGGGAUUGUAGUGGAGUCAUUCAAGUCAGGGUUUGAACCCCCGGUUGAUUUCCCUUUUGAGGACUUCAGUCAGAACAUCCAGCGAACAGGAUCAGAUGGCACCAUUGGGACCCCCAAAACAGAGGGAGGCAAACCGGACCCCAAACACCCGAUUAGCAGGACCAAAAACAAACUCUGGCUUUUCGGGAAGAAACCCAAGGCUCCAACACUAGAGGAUCUCAGCCAUCUUCCUCCUGAGCAGAGACGCAAAAAACUUCAACAGAGGAUUGAUGAGCUGAACAAAGAACUACAGAAAGAAAUGGACCAAAGAGAUGCUCUUAACAAAAUGAAGGAUGUCUAUGAGAAGAAUCCUCAGAUGGGAGAUCCUGGAAGUCUCCAGCCCAAGAUUUCAGAGACCAUAUGCAACAUGGAGAAACUCCGCUCUGAGAUCCAUAAAAAUGAGAGUUGGCUGGCAGAGGUUGAAGGGAAGCAUGGAUCCCGUGGUGAGCGGCGGCCCAGUGCAGAUGUGAACCACCACGCACCCCACGGCAGAGAGAGCCCUGAAGGCAGUUACACAGACGAUCACAGUCAGGAGCAUCGGUCUCCACCACAGCCAGACCCACACGAUUUUGAUGACGAGUUUGACGAUGACGAUCCUCUCCCUGCCAUCGGCCACUGCAAAGCUCUCUACUCUUUUGAUGGCUCUAAUGAAGGCACGUUGGUUAUGAACGAGAACGAGGUGCUGUACGUCAUAGAGGAAGAUAAAGGCGAUGGAUGGACGCGGGUUCGGAAACAUAGCGGAGUGGAGGGCUACGUCCCCACGUCCUAUGUGGAGAUCACACUGGAGAAAAACAGCAAAGGUGCGGUCACCUAUAUAUGACAUCACCCACGGCAGCACCAUCUAGUUAUUAUGACAUCAUACAUGGGGGAGUGCAUGUCAGAUUUACCGUGACUCAUCAAGUGCAGCUCGGCUGACUGCCAUAUGCUUUUGUUCACUGUGUGAGCCCAAGGACAAACACACACACUCUGUCGAAAGUGACUGUAUUUCCUCUGCACUGCGACUUUGCUGCAGCGGAUCAAUCUGUAGAAUUGUAGAGAUUUUUAUUGCUUUUUAUUCCAUUUUAAGAAGUGUUUUUAAUCAUCAUUGGAGCAAAACUGAACAAAAUGUAUAGGCUCCUUUUCAAAUGUCUUUCUGACUGAGAGAUGAUUUGCUCAUUAUAAUAGUGAAAGAAACUGCUCAAUCAGCUCUUAAUUGUUGAGAUUUAUGUUUUUAUACAUGUUGAAACUAAAGUACACUCUACUGCAUUGUUACUACAGUCCAAUCAUUUGUUCUAUUCAGUAUGAGGAUACAUUGAUGUACUUCUGAGCUUUCAGUUCAUGCAGUUUCCAGUUCUUCCACCUUUCUUUGAAGUGUUACGUCCUUGCUGCUAAAGUGUCCCUCAAUAGCGCCAAACCUGUUUCACUUCAACUUUUUCUGCGAGUGCUACUCUUCUCGUUAAACUUGUAGUGUCACAACUUCUUUAUUAAUUAAUUUGUGACCUGAAAUUAAAAGCAUAUAAUAAAAACAAGAACAUUGUGUAAUUUCAGAGCAGCACUCAGUUUGGCUGGCUCAAUAGUGCCCCCUCUCUCUCUUUUUUUUUUUUUUUUCUUCCUGUCGCUGGUCAAUUUUUGUUGUCGGUGGACCUGUCAAUGACUCUGUCCUCUCUUUUCUUUCUGUGGCUACAGGUUCCUGAUUGGAUGAGUGGGGUUCUGUGGUGUUUGGUGGACGGGACUCACUGCUGUGGGUCUGUUAGUGGGGCGGUGGGGCGAUUUUAAGACCGAGAUUGUGUUGGGGCAGGUUGCAUGUUUGCAUGCUGUUUGUGUCAUGGCCAUUAACAUCAUUCCAUUGCAGCAGACGUUCCAGGGGUAUUGGGGUAGCGGGGAGGGCAUGGGAGAAUUAGGAGCAAUAAUGGAGAUCCCAAAGAGAGUUGUUGCCUGACACUAACAUGUUCAGGGGAGUGUUUGCCUGUACCAUCUUUUCAUGUUCAUCAUAACAUGCACCUGCAUGAUCCACAGCCUUUCGUUCCUCAUUCCGUGCUGACCAAUUGAUUCCUUAAUAGGUUUAACCACUUAUCUUUCAACCACCUGUGUCCGUUUCUCUUUUGACUGUUUCCUCAUUGAUGCAUUCCAUGUUAACCAUGAUAUAAUUCUCAAAAGCAUGACCAAUCAGAGUAAAGGAAGCAUGGUGCUACUGUAGCCAAUGCAACAGUCCUCACAGCAACAUCCACCCACUGGCCCCGCCCCCUUUGCAAAGUUCGGUGGAUGGAUCCUGGUGCAGUUCUGCAUUUGACCAGCAGGGGGACCCAACACCAUAUAAAACAAGCAGAGAAAACGCCAGCGAGGACCUAUAAACACUAACCCAUCAUCUCUGCCUUAAUUACAGGCCUCUGUAUGGAAAUAAAGCAUAUAGGGGUCUAUCUGAUCCUCUAUGCCCAAAAAACUGCUCGUUCUUGGGCUGCCAGCUCUUUGUGGUGCUUUCUCCAUUUCUUGUCCAGCUCUUGGUUUCACAUGUGCAAGAACAUGCUCACUGCCUCCUAACAAGGGACCACACGUCUCCAGAAUCUGAUCUCAAGUGCGUGUUUUUGUGAAUGUGAUUCUUACAUAUAAAACUGUGUAUGCAUAUGGGUGCAUAUAUGCAUAUGUAUAUACCUAGUUAGUUUUUAUUAUUAAACUGUAUGUAUUAACAUCUUUAUUUCAGAAUGAAUGUUUUUAUUGUUUUGUUUUUUUGUUGUUUUUUUAACCAAGCGAGUGACUUUCAGGCUUUGCUUUUAAGAACCGUGCCGUACUCUUUUUGUAACCAGUUCUUCUUCUUGUCUGAACUCUGUUCUCAGUAGGACCCUGGUCUUAACCAAUGCACUUUUUACCCUGUUGCAUUUGAAUUGGAUUAUUAGGGAGUGAAUGAUGUCAGAUGUGAAUGCUUGCUUUUGUGUGAAUGUGUUGUACAGUGAGACAAUGUUGACCACUAUAUACUGGGGUUUGUGUUGGAGCAAGAGCAACCGAGAAAUAAAUACUUAUGUCUGUUUGUCUCAUUCA